GUUCAAGGACCUAUUUGGCUAAAAUGAUUAACUUGCAGAUUAAAAACAGCUCAUGGGGUAAGGUGCUGAAAAACAUAGAGGCAACCAAUCCAAUGCAAGAAUGCAGAAGAAGUUCAGUUGUCUGUGCACACCCAAAAAGAAAGCGACAAAAACAGCCAAUUGCAGUGCGAAAUGCAAUUGCUGUUCAGGGUUAGAUAUUAGUGAGUUUACAUGUGCUAUUAAUUCUCUUAAUAAAUGAAUUCUCUCUACUCUCACUUGGCACGAGUGUGAGAUUCUUUUAGCAGUCCAUUUAGUUUAACACGAAUAUGCCUUUAUUCACAUACCAUUCAAAUGAUUUAAUUUGUCAUUUUAUUAUAGCUAGAUACUGUAUAUGCACAUAGAUGUGCAGGAAUGUACAUUGUUUUUAUCUUUUCACACCGAUGAGCAUGUAAUGACUUGCCGGUGAAAACUGAGAUGCUGUGUCAUCUACCAGGUGUCAUGGUGCAGACGAGACAGGAGAUCACAUAUAUCUGUUUGUCUGCUUAGAGUUUCACUGUUCCUGAGUAUCUGCAUGUGUGUCUGCCUUCAAUGGGAAAGAGGGACUGUACAUACAAUACGUACCGGUUUAGGCCCCCUAGUUUAAAAUGACAAUGUCGGAGUGAUGGUUGUCGGCAGUCGUCUGUCACUGCAAACUUUCAUUUGGACGUGUUUACGCUGCAUUUACUUUGUAGCCGCAGAAGCUGCAAAGAAAGCGCACGUUAGAAUGAAAGAGCAAAGCUUAAUAUACUGUGAAAUGUGUUUAAUUGCCUUUGAAGGAAAACCUAAACCUUCAUUAAAUCUUUAAGGUGCCUCUUCUUGUGACAGCAGCAUUAGGUGUCAUGUGUCUCAAUGAGUGAGAGUGCAUCGAACAGUUUAAACGGAUGCAGCGUGCCAUCCAGAAUGCUUUGUGAUCGGAACAUUAAAACACGGAUGGAAUUCGAAUUGCUCAUCCGAGGGACGAUAAUAUAGUUAUACUUCCUGUAAGUUCUCAGCUCAUUUUUCUUUUUUUUUUCAUUUCUCUUUUUAUUUCAUUUGGGAUCCAGUCCUGUCUUAAAUACGGCUGUUUUUGUCUUAAAAGCUUAAGUUGAACUCAAAUCGUCUAGACAAACCGUUCCAGUUCAUAUUAAUAUAGUAAUAUCAGUCGCUAUUACACACGUGAGGUGUUGCUAUGGCAACGGGGAGUCAGUUACUGGAGAGCAGCUGCACACCUGUGCAGUAAUUUGUUAGACCACAGGUGCAAGUAAAGAAAUUCAGAGACUAAACGAGUUUAGAAGGGCAGAGAAAUGCCGAAGAAAAGUGAUACAUCGAGAAAACUGGAAGACGUGGGAAUAGAUAUUGAUGGAGAUGCAGAGAGCGCUGAAGAGGACAAGAAAGCAAAAGGCAAGGGCGCUAAAAAACCAGCAGCCGGUAAGAGGGGCAAAGCAGCCGCCAGUGAGGACGAAGAUGAGGAUGAUGAACCUCCAAGGGGUCGCCGGGCGGCCAAUAAAAAGAAAGCGGCGCAGGUUGAUGAAGAAGACAGCGAUGACGAUAUUCCACAGAGGAGAUGUGCUGGGAAUAGGAGAAGAGGAAAAGUACGUGAGAGUGGGCGAGAUGGGGAAAAUGAGAAGUCCGGGAGAAAAAACAGGAGAGGCGGAAACAAAAAGCAGAAGGAUGGCAAGGGCAAAGGAAAAGACAAAGACAAUGACAAAGACAGCGACAAAGAUGAAAAGAAGAAAAAGAACAGCAGUGGUGAUGAUUCCAAAUCAGACGAAGAGGAGGAGUCCAUGUCUGAAGGAGAAAUGGCCAAACUGAUGGAGGAGGUGGAGGAGAAGAAAAAACUGAUAGCAAACAUCAGGAACAAGCCCUGGCGGAUGAGAAGACGGCUGAAAGUCCUCAAAGAGGCUCAGCAGUUUGUGGAUAAAUUUGAAGGUGCUUUGGGAAAAGGGAAAGGCAGGAAACUCUAUGCCUACAAAGUCAUGAUGAUGAAGAAAUGGAUAAAGUUUCAAAGAGAUUUUGAAAAUUUUAGGACGGCUUGCAUCCCAUGGGAGCGGAAAAUAAAGGAAGUUGAGAGUCACUUUGGCUCCUCUGUUGCUUCAUACUUUAUUUUCCUCCGUUGGAUGUACGGCAUGAACUUGGUCCUCUUCAGCUUAACCUUUGGCCUGGUUGUGAUACCAGAGGUUCUCAUGGGACUUCCAUAUGGGUCCAUUCCUCGGAAAACUGUGCCUACAGAAGAACAAGACACUGCUAUGGACUAUUCUGUUCUCACAGAUUUCAAUGGUUACUGCAAGUACUCAGUACUUUUUUAUGGGUACUAUAAUAACCAGAGAACCAUUGGCUUCCUGAAGUUUCGCCUCCCUCUGUCUUACCUCCUGGUGGGCAUUGGGACCUUCGGGUAUAGCCUCAUGGUUGUGAUCAGAACGAUGGCUAAAAACGCAGAUGUAGGGGGAGGGGAUGGAGAAGACAAUGAGUUCACCUUUGCCUGGAAGAUGUUCACCAGCUGGGAUUAUCUUAUUGGAAAUGCUGAGACAGCCGACAAUAAAUACGCCUCCAUCACCACCAGCUUCAAAGAGUCCAUUGUGGAUGAACAGGAGAACCAAAAGGAUGAGAACAUUCAUUUAAGGAGAUUCCUACGUGUCCUAGCCAACUUUCUCAUCACCUGUACCCUGGGAGGAAGUGGAUAUCUCAUCUACUUUGUGGUCAAACGUUCCCAAGAGUUUGCCAACAUGGACAACCUCUCAUGGUAUGAGAAGAAUGAGCUGGAGAUCAUCAUGUCACUGUUGGGUCUGGUGGGUCCAAUGCUCUUUGAAACUAUUGCUGAGCUGGAGGAAUACCAUCCACGUAUAGCUCUCAAGUGGCAGCUUGGGCGUAUAUUUGCACUCUUCCUUGGCAACCUCUACACAUUUUUGCUGGCUCUAUUUGAUGAGGUCAAUGCGAAACUUGAAGAGGAGGAAUCAAUAAAAAAUGCCAGCAUUUGGUUCAUGAAGGAGUAUUACGCCAACUACUCAGCCAACAACCCUAAUGACACAGGCACUCCACCUCCUAUCAAUCCUGGUGAUGUCAUCAGAGGCCCAUGCUGGGAAACUACAGUGGGAAUAGAGUUUGUGAAGCUGACUGUAUCAGAUAUACAAGUGACUUAUCUGACCAUCCUCAUUGGUGACUUCCUGAGAGCGCUGAUUGUGCGUUUCUUGAACUACUGCUGGUGUUGGGAUCUGGAAGCUGGCUGGCCCUCCUAUGGUGAAUUUGAUAUAAGUGGCAACGUGCUUGGUUUGGUGUUUAACCAAGGAAUGAUCUGGAUGGGGGCAUUCUAUGCUCCCGGUCUGGUGGGUAUCAAUGUACUGCGACUCCUGACCUCCAUGUACUAUCAAUGUUGGGCUGUAAUGGCCUGUAAUGUCCCACAUGAGAGGGUCUUUAAAGCUUCCAAAUCCAAUAACUUCUACAUGGGCCUGUUACUGCUCAUCCUUUUCUUGAGUCUCCUGCCUGUGGUUUACACCAUCAUGUCUUUGCCUCCCUCCUUUGACUGUGGACCCUUCAGUGGGAAAGAGCGAAUGUUUGACGUCAUUAUGGAGACCAUUGAUCUGGAUCUACCUGCUUUUAUGGGGACGCUCUUUAGCUAUGUAGCAAACCCUGGACUCAUUAUACCAGCAGUUCUUCUGAUGGUUCUGGCCAUUUACUACCUGAAUUCUGUGUCAGAGGCCUAUAAGAACUCCAACAUGGAGCUAAAAAAGAAAAUGCAGAUGGCAAGAGAUGAGGAAAAGAACAGACGGAACAACAAAGACAGCACUAACCAGGUGAUGAAGGACCUGGAGGAUCUACUUCCAAAUCGCUCUCUUGUGCACCCUGCUCCUCCAGAGAAAAGUGCAGAAAAAAGACACGACCAAGGUGGAAAAUCUCCAAAAGUGAAACCAGGCACAGCUGGUGUGCAUCUGCAGAAAGACGUGUCCCUCGCGUCAGCUAAUCCUAACGCCAGGGGGCCUGUCACUCGAGCACCAGGCCCCAGGGGACCUGGACCUCUACCUGGCCAACCAGGGGCAGGCAGGGGUCAAGGGCCACCGCCUAGACGGCAGUAAUGUGUGAUCUAUUCAUAUUAUGUGCUCUGUUGAACUACGCACUCUAUAAUUUAUGUAAACACUGGUUUGUUUCAUUAUAUAAAUGAAUAUUUAAAGAUGAAGAUACUUGGAGAUAGCAUAAUAAUUAUCAUACAUUCCUUUGCAGUAAAUUGCAUAUAUCAUAUACAUGCAGUGGCCCCAAAGUGAAUUUGGACACUCAGUCACUUCCACUAAUGCUGGACAUACAAAGAGUACAAUAUUUUUUGUCUUAAGUUUGAACAGUAUAUAGAUUGUUUUAUCAUUUAAAUAAAAGAUUUUGCUUGGAUAUUUGUGUCUUUUAAUGCAGUGAGUUGUAUUUUUGAUUGUGUCUUAAGUGUUUAAAUUCUCUUUGGGCCUACUGUAUGUGUUAUGUGUUCAAUGCAUGUGUAUAAUACCACCGCAUAUAACUGCUUUAUUAGCAAACUACA